CAUCCGGAUAAUAACAUUCGAUAUCCAAACCAGCUGAGGAAACUACACGACGACGGUGAGCUCUGGGUUACAGUCUUGAAGCUGCCGUUGCGUAUUGCCGGGCGCUUUCGGCUUGGAGACAAUGGGCAUCGUCGUGACGGCCUUCACACGAAAGCAUUUCACGUACACGACAAUGGCAAAGAUACCAAGUAACACGAGGACUAUGGCCAGGACGGCUGAGAUGACGGCACUGUUCGCCAUGGUCUUGCCCAACACAUGCUGCCCCAUGUCUAUCGAGAACGACUGCAGCGCAGCGGUCAGGGACGUCAAGUUUACAUCCAUAUUGGGCCAUGAAAUCGACAUGUCAGUGAUGGCAUCGGCGGGGGAAGCAACAGUCACGUCAGCAUUGUGGCUGUCCCCGUUAGUGGAAGGUGGCCAAAGCAAGGUGGCACAGCUGGUUAAGUAAGCAUUGUCUUCGUUCUUGUCCAGGCGACACAACCGACACGAAGUGAAUGGAAUGCAGCCCACUAAUGUGGAAGUACCCGCGUCGUUGCACCGACGAUCCAAGAUUCCCACGGUGCCUUUAAGGGUCACGACCGCGGAUGGGAGACAAGUGUUCAAAUCGCACGGGUGAUAGUCCAGUCCACUGGAGGCAUUCACGAGGCAGCGUCGACAGGCUACUCCAGUCGACAAGCAACCCUUGCCUCCAUAAACAGGGCAUUGCGAAUCGUAAAUGGCAGAAAUACCCGUGGAUGGUUCCUCUGGGUACAAGUACGACGGGCAAUUGACCUGAGAUGUCGGCGCUACGACGGGGUACACGCUGGCAGGACAAGGGUUGAAUGUGGAUGAAAUUUCUGUGUCGAACAGCUUGCACUUGCGGCAAUACGUCUGCGGCACGCAGUUCGUGGCAUCUCGUUCACAUGUCUGGUCCGAGAACACGGACACGCCGUUGGACACAUCCGUUGACGGUAUCAACUGAAGGGCAACACACACUUGUACUCCGCUUGACGUAGUUGACGAAAUUCCGACGUCUGAGCCAGACUGCACAAGGAUGGCGGUAGCUGUUGACAUGACGAAAGCGAUGGCCGCGUAGUGAAGCACCAAGAAUCUCAUCCGAG